AUGUUAUCAUUAUGUUCUCGACGUACAGGACCCAUCAAAUGUCCAACAAAUGUCUUGUGCUCCGUCACGUCAACCGAUGAUGGCCAAAACAACAACAACAGUAGCAACAACAUCAACGACAACAACAAGAACAGUAGUAGCGGCAACAAGGCAGUUACAUCAAGCAACACCGGCAAGGCUGACAGUUGUUUGUCCUGGCAAGAUGAGAUCUACUGUGACUGCCCUCCUGGAUUCACAGGUAGGAGAUGUGAGGUGGAUGUAGAUGAUUGCCAGAACUCCCCCUGUCUGAAUGGGGCUACAUGCGUCGAUGGUCCUAACAGUUACACGUGCAUGUGUAACGACGGAUUUUCAGGCCUCAAUUGUUCAGACGACGUGAACGAAUGUUCAUUCAAGUUUUGUCAGCACGGAGGCACCUGCGUGAACACCAUUGGAUCGGCUGUGUGUUCGUGCUCGCCUGGCUUCACUGGUCUCAGAUGUGAGCAUGAUGUUGAUGAUUGUCAGCAUGCAAACUGCUCAAAUGGCGUGUGUGUGGACGGUGUUAAUGGCUACACAUGCCUCUGUAACCAUGGUUACCAAGGUGAGCACUGUGAUGUGAUGUCCACUCCUUGUUCGUCUGCACCAUGUGUCAAUGGAGGAACGUGUGUCGAGAAUUUCGAUGAAUAUACAUGUCUGUGUCCCCUGUCUUAUGCUGGUUGCAACUGCGAAUUUCUGCAACACUACUGCGAGCCGAAUCCCUGCCAAAACAACGGGUCAUGUACAUCCCUCGAGCGUGGCCACCACUGCAAAUGUAUAGAACAUUAUGCUGGCACUGACUGCUCAGAAAGAAAAAUGAAAUGUGCUGAUGUCAACUGCAAUAAUGGUCGGUGCGUAGAAAACAAAGAUGGAGGUGUCAGAUGUGCCUGCGAACAGGGAUGGGUUGGGGCGUACUGCCAUGUUAGUGAUCAUAUCAAGUUACUAAAUCGCAUCUAA